UGUGAACAUAUACUGUACAGUAUCUUUAGGAAAGUGCAUGAAAUGGAAUCAGACAUCUACUAUGUAAACUUUGGAAAAAGUGAUAGUAAGGGGACAACUAGCCCACCACAACUUCCAAGUCGCCCCAAAGAUCACGGAAAAGCUAAAAAAAGCAGAGAAAGUAGAUGUUUAGUGUUGAUGGCAGUGGGUCUCGUGCUAAUUUGUGCUCUUCAGCUGGUCAACAGCAGUACAGGAGUACUCCAGUUCAUCAUGAUCACAGAAGAGAGAGACCUGUUAAAGACUUACAUGAACACAGUUGAAGAGUUCAGUCAGACUAUCAAGAGCUUACAGGACAAUUACAAUGAUCUAAUUAAUGAAAAAGACCAACUGCAGAAAAACUUCAGCUCUUUGAGUCAGAAGAAACUGGAAUUAGAAAACAAAGUCACAUCUCUGAGGGUUGAGCUAAAUGAAGCUUAUGAAAGAAGUUAUCAGUUGGGUUCGAUUUUCAUAUCCGUUGAGUUAAAGAACUGGUAUGAAAGCAGGCAGUACUGCAGGAAUCGAGGCGGCGAUCUGAUCAUUAUCAACACUGAAGAGAAGCAGAGUUUCAUAACUACAUUAGUCACUGAGGGCGCUUGGAUCGGUUUAUCGGACAUUCAACUGGAGGGCAAAAUGACAUGGGUGGAUAAUUCAACAUUGAAACAAGGGUUUUGGGAAUUAGGUGAGCCGAAUAAUUCAGGAAACGAGGACUGUGUUGAACGGAGAGCUUCAAGACCUUUCCUGAACUGGAAUGAUAUCCCUUGUUCUUUUCUGAGACAAGGGAUUUGUGAGAAAUAGGGUUUAUCCCAUUUUUUGUAUUUUCACUUGUCACUUUAUAUAAUCAUUCACAUUACAUCAUUUCUUAUUGAUGUUUAAAACUUUUAAAACAGUCUGUUACAAUAAUUUUAUGUAAACCAUUGAGGGUUAUUUUUAAGCACGUAAACACCUAUUCACUGACUACUGUGGUAUUUAUAAGAUUUCAUGAUUCAUAUAGUAUCAUAGCAGUGUCUGUUGUGUUUCCACUGGGUGCCCACUAGAUGUCCCUUCCUUCCUGUCUCCAUUGAUCCUGGAACCAUGUUUCCCAUAAUAUUUGUUUGUUCCCAUCACUUGUGAUUGCACCCAGCUGUUCCCAUUUAUGUUGUUAGUGUCUGCGCAUAAAUUAUUGUAUGUCACUUGUCUGUAACACUUUAUUUUACGACCCACAAACAACUUUGUAAGUAGACCGAAAUUACGGUGUACGUUUCUGUAACCCACUGAUAGCAAAAUUACCCUGUAAAAUUGCACAAGAACAUAUUUUGCCAGAAAUGUGAUGAUAACUUUUAUAUACAACAGACGUACAAUUUUUGCCUGGACUAUAUAUUAGCAGAAUAGGGACCUGUUAGUUUUAAAAUAAUUACAUUAUAAAUAAUUUACUUGUAUAUCUGCUUGU